UGAUCACCUCUCUGCCGAGCACACACACACAGCCAACGGACAGAGAAACCGGCGAUACACGGCCGGCCAGAGGCGCAAUUCCAUGCGAAGACACUGACUUGAAAUAGCAUGUAACUUGCCUCCGCAACAAGAAGGGAUAUACAGGAUGAAACAAAGGACAGAGACUACCAGGAUGUUGAAAGGGAGCGAAGAUGCCGCCAGCUUAUGCAUGGAGAGACAGUGGUCUGAAGUCUAGAACCAUGCACAUUCCAUCGCAAACGGAAUAGCUUAAUUUCUUACAAACUCUAUUGGUGUCUUUUAUAUUUUCUUUUCCUCCGUUCUUUGUGUGAGCAUACGGGGCGGCUCGAGUUGCGGUUUACUAAGGAUAAACCGUGCCUUCUAAAGGCUAUUCUCAUAUACCCACCGACAGUAGUGGGCGAAGCAACCGGGGUGCUCUCUGCGCGCUACUCGCUCACACAAUGCGUCUGUUUUUGCUAGCCGUUUUCUUCUCGUGCUCCUGUGUACGGGGCGGCUGCGAACCAAAGAUUGUGAACAUCGGGGCCGUCCUCAGCCAGAAGCGGUAUGAGCAGGUGUUCAAGGAUGCGGUCACGCAAGCUAACCAGGUCUAUGGCAGGGACAAAUUCAAGCUGACUGCAAUCUCUGUCACCCACAAACCCAAUGCGAUUCAAAUGGCGCUUUCCGUUUGUGAGGAUCUCAUAUCAAGCCAGGUGUACGCCAUCCUGGUGAGUCAUCCUCCACAGUCCAACGAUCACCUCACCCCGACACCCGUCUCCUACACGGCCGGCUUCUACCGCAUCCCCGUGGUGGGCCUGACCACCCGCAUGUCCAUCUACUCCGACAAGAGCAUCCAUCUGUCCUUCUUGCGAACGGUCCCUCCCUAUUCACAUCAAGCCCACGUUUGGUUCGACAUGAUGCGCGAGUUCCACUGGAAUCACAUCAUCCUGAUCGUCAGCGAUGACCACGAGGGUCGAGCUGCCCAGAAGAGGCUCGAGACGCUGCUGGAGGAGCGGGAGACCAAGAAUAAAAAAAGGAACUAUGAAAACCUCGACCAACUGUCCUAUGACAACAAGCGAGGACCUAAGGCAGAAAAAGUCCUCCAAUUCAGCCAGGAGACUAACUUAACCGCUCUGCUGCUGGAGGCCAAGGAACUGGAGGCACGUGUCAUCAUCCUGUCAGCCAGCGAAGAGGAUGCUGCUUCAGUAUACAAGGCUGCACGCUUCCUGAACAUGACCGGCUCUGGCUACGUGUGGCUGGUGGGCGAGCGAGAGAUGUCCGGUAAAGCACUGAGCGAAGCACCAGACGGUCUCAUUGGCCUGCAGCUGAUCAACGGGAAGAAUGAGUCGGCGCACAUCAACGACGCGGUCGCCGUGGUAGCGCAGUCCAUCCAGGAGCUCUUUGAGAAGGAGAACAUCACGGAGCCGCCGAGGGGCUGUGUGGGAAACACGAACAUCUGGAAGACCGGGCCGCUCUUCAAAAGGGUGCUGAUGUCAUCAAAAUACCCAGAGGGCCUCACGGGACGUGUUGAAUUUAAUGAUGAUGGUGACAGGAAGUUUGCUCACUACAGCAUCCUCAACUACCAGAAGAGCAGACUUAUACAAGUUGGCAUUUACAACGGAACACAGGUGGUGUUGAACAAGCAGAGGAAGAUCAUAUGGCCCGGAGGACAGACAGACACGCCAAGGGGUUUUCAAAUGUCGACUCGACUAAAGAUAGUGACUAUACACCAGGAGCCUUUUGUGUAUGUGAAACCAACCAGUCUGGAAGGAACAUGCAAUGAGGAGUAUACACCUAAUGGAGUCUUAAUAAAAAAGGUGAUCUGCACUGGGCCGAAUGAGACCAUCCCAGGACGCCCAAUUGUACCUCAGUGUUGCUAUGGUUUCUGCGUUGACCUUCUGAUUAAGCUGGCAAUGACCAUGAACUUUACCUAUGAGGUGCACCUAGUAGCAGACGGUAAAUUUGGAACACAGGAGCGGGUGAACAACAGCAACAAGAAAGAGUGGAAUGGAAUGAUGGGUGAGCUCCUGGGUGGUCUGGCGGACAUGAUUGUUGCUCCGCUCACAAUAAACAAUGAACGAGCCCAGUACAUAGAAUUCUCCAAGCCGUUUAAGUACCAGGGCCUUACCAUCCUUGUCAAAAAGGAAAUCCCUCGCAGUACGCUGGACUCGUUCAUGCAACCUUUUCAGAGCACACUGUGGCUGUUGGUGGGUCUAUCGGUGCAUGUGGUGGCGGUGAUGCUUUACCUACUAGACCGGUUCAGCCCAUUUGGAAGGUUUAAAGUGAAUAGUGAAGAAGAAGAAGAAGAUGCCCUCACGUUAUCGUCAGCCAUGUGGUUCUCAUGGGGAGUACUACUGAAUUCUGGGAUUGGAGAAGGUGCACCCCGCAGCUUCUCCGCGCGAAUCCUGGGCAUGGUGUGGGCAGGCUUCGCCAUGAUCAUCGUGGCAUCGUACACUGCCAACCUGGCUGCCUUCCUAGUGCUGGAUCGGCCUGAGGAGCGCAUCACCGGCAUCAAUGAUCCAAGGCUGAGGAACCCGUCGGACAAGUUCAUCUACGCCACAGUGAAACAGAGCUCGGUGGACAUCUACUUUCGGCGGCAGGUGGAGCUUAGCACCAUGUACCGCCACAUGGAGAAGCACAACUAUGAGAGCGCCGCCGAAGCCAUCCAGGCUGUGCGGGACAACAAGCUGCAUGCUUUCAUCUGGGACUCUGCGGUGCUGGAGUUUGAAGCCUCGCAGAAGUGCGACCUGGUGACCACGGGAGAGCUGUUUUUCCGUUCGGGCUUUGGCAUAGGCAUGCGCAAGGACAGCCCUUGGAAACAGAAUGUGUCCCUGGCAAUCCUCAGUUCCCAUGAAAACGGCUUCAUGGAGGACCUAGAUAAAACCUGGGUGAGAUACCAGGAGUGUGACUCUCGGAGUAAUGCCCCAGCCACACUCACCUUUGAGAAUAUGGCAGGCGUAUUCAUGUUGGUGGCUGGUGGCAUUGCGGCGGGGAUCUUCCUCAUCUUCAUAGAGAUCGCAUACAAGCGCCACAAAGACGCCCGCAGGAAGCAGAUGCAGCUGGCCUUCGCGGCCGUCAAUGUGUGGAGGAAGAACCUGCAGGACAGUAAGGAUCCUUCUGGAAGUCAAGUUUUGGGCGCAGCAGCAACGCCAUCUUUACCCUCUUCCUCUGUAGAGACUCAGGAUGAUAGAAAAAGUGGUAGAGCAGAGCCCGACCCCAAACAGAAAGCCUCUUUUAGGUCCAUCAGUACAUCCCUGGCCUCCAGCAUCAAGAGACGUAGGGCCUCCAAAGACACGCAGUACCCACCCACAGACAUCACUGGGCAGCUCAACCUGUCCGACCCGUCUGUGAGCACGGUGGUGUAAGGAGCGAGAGUCGAAAGACAGAGAGAGAGAAGAGGAAGGAGAAGUCACUCCGAACCGACAGAGAGAGCGAAAGAGAGAGAGAGAGAGAAAGAGAGCGACAGGAAGGGGAAGGGGUGAGAGAUGAGGGCCCACUUCCAGCUCCCCCUUGUCGUCUCAUGGAUCAAUCACAGCUUGAACACUGACGCUGAACUUCAACCCCCAAACUUGACAUUAACCCCAACCCCCAUCCAACCCCCCCGGCACUUUCCAGUGGAGCCGAGAGAAGAAUCACCCCCCUGCAGGGAAGGAAUGUCUCAUCAGAACACUGAAGCUGUCAGAACCCACGCUUGACAUUGCACUAGCCUUUGAGUCUGCAUAGAUUAGAGCCUAAUCAAAGCCACACAAACACACACACACACACACACACACAUACACACAGAUUCACACUCACACACUGGGAUCAUUAAUAGUGCACUUUCAAUCUCAGUUUAUUUAGUCUGUAGAUAUUUUUUCUCUUUUAUUUUUAAUAUGUACAGUGGAUUUAAUUAAUUGAAUAUGUUAUGUUAAUACAGUUAAUACACAGACUUACAACACUGUACAUAUCAAACCCAUAUUGUAGGGAUUCAGAUAUGUGACUCAUUUAAAGCCAUUAUUGUUCUUAUUUCUCCAAGUCAGUAUAAUCUGUAUUAUUUUAGGUGUAGUAUUUAUUGUAUUUUCAAUAUUAUUUCUCAGAUUAAUCUUACCUUUGUUUUAACGUCUGAAUCAUAUUUGCAUUUAUUAAGCACUAGACACAUUUUAAUUUCACCAUAUACACUUGCUAUCUUAAUAUGUAAUCAGUCAAUUAUAGCAGAUAGGAUUGCAUGUAAACACAGCCAUGGUGCAAAUUAAGUUUUGUGCAUUCUUUGUUGACAAUACCUGAUAUUUGAACAGCUAUUAACGGUGAUCAAUAACAUUCUCCUCUGACCUAGUUUUGAGCCAAUAAGAAUGACUUUCACUAACUCUUCCCUUUGCAAAGACACUUCAUAGCCUAUUGGGAUGUUUUUGCACUGCACAGACUUGCACAGAAUGCAUGGUUCCCCAGUUAGGACCAAUGAUUUUGACCCCAUCAAAACUAACUGAGCUAGCUUGCGGAUUUCAACAAAGGGGAUUGUUUGGCAGGACCUAGUGAUGCGUGUUUGCAUGGCGACUUACGUCACGACACAUUUCCCUCUUUUUAUGUUACUGCCAGUUUAAUGGUAGACUUCCACUACUACUAUAUAUAUGCUCAUCUACACACUCUCUCUCUCAUAUACGUCAAGUCACUGUGUGCGCCGUUGUAUGUAAAUAUACCCUCUCUCUCUGCCUGUGGUCUUCUGCACAGUAUUUCUCGGCCUUACUCUCUUCUGGGGUGCAUCAAAGGGCCGGGUUUAGCAUCCAACCAGCUCUUGGUCCUUCAUGCGAAACUCUAACCAUGUGUGGUCAUUCCCAGUGGUGGUUUGCCCCCAGGUUGGCUUUUGCAUGAGCCCUACCAAGUGUCUCCACCUUUGGAGAGAAAAAACCCAGGACCGUUGCUUUUUUAAAGAGGAAUUUGCCGGUCCGCUCUGGUUUGGUGUUGAAACAGGCCGUUUCCCGAAGACUGAGGCAGAGAAAAAUCCCUGCUGUGUCAGAACACACAGAUAACAUGCACACAGACAACCCCCAAAAAAGAUGUGCAAUUUGCAACACAGCACUUUAAUAGUGGGAAGUCUUUUUUUUAAUACCAUCCCCGCACAUGACUGAGAAAAUAUGUACAGACAU